AUGCGUGUGUCUGCAGGUGGCUGCACCUUCGAGGAGGACGGCGCGGCGGCGCAGUGCGAGUACGGGCAGGGCCAGGACGAUGACUUCAGCUGGGAACUGUUCCGCAGCCACGCGGCACCGCACCUGACGGAGCUGCCCCACGGCUCCUACCUGAUGGUGAACUCCUCGCAGCACGCCCCGGGCCAGAGAGCUCACCUGCUGUUCCAGGCGCUGAGCGAGAAUGACACGCACUGCCUGCAGUUCAGCUACUUCAUACUUCCCAAAGCUCCUCACUUCUCCCGGCUGGGUGACGUGGAGGUGAAUGCGGGGCAAAAUGCCACCUUCCAGUGCGUGGCCGCCGGCAAGGCCGCCGAGGCCGAGCGCUUCCUCGUGCAGAGGCUGAGUGGUGAGAUGGUCCCUGCCACCUCUGUGAAGCACAUCAGCCACCGGCGCUUCCUGGCCACCUUCCAGCUGGAGCAGGUGUCCAAGCAGGAGCAGGACCUGUACCGCUGCAUCACCCAGUCCAGCCGUGGUUCGGGGGUCUCCAACUUUGCGGAGCUCAUUGUGAAAGAGCCCCCCACACCCAUUGCACCCCCCCAGCUGCUCCGGGCUGGCUCCACCUACCUCAUCAUCCAGCUCAACACCAACUCCAUCAUCGGGGACGGCCCCAUCGUGCGCAAGGAGAUCGAGUACCGCAUGACCUCGGGGCCCUGGUCGGAGGUCCACGCUGUCAACAUGCAGACCUACAAGCUCUGGCACUUGGAUCCAGACACAGAAUAUGAGAUCAGUGUCCUGCUCACCCGCCCUGGCGAGGGGGGCACUGGCAAACCAGGACCACCCCUCAUCAGCCGCACCAAGUGUGCAGAGCCUAUGCGGGCCCCCAAAGGCUUGGCUUUCUCUGAAAUCCAGUCCAGGCAGCUGACCUUGCAGUGGGAGCCACUGGGCUACAACCUGACCCGCUGUCACACCUACACUGUCUCGCUCUGCUACCGCUAUUCUGUGGGCUCUGGGCACAACCAGACCUUCCGGGAGUGCGUGAAGAUGGAGCGCAACGCCAACCGCUACACCAUCAAAAACCUGCUGCCCUACAAGAACAUCCAUGUCAAGCUCAUCCUCUCCAACCCCGAGGGUCGCAAGGAGGGCAAGGAGGUGGUGUUCCAGACAGAUGAGGAUGUGCCUGGUGGCAUUGCCUCGGAGUCCCUCACCUUCACCCCCCUGGAGGACAUGAUAUUUCUGAAGUGGGAGGAACCAGUGGAGCCCAACGGCCUCAUCACGCAGUACGAGAUCAGCUACCAGAGCAUUGAGUCCUCUGACCCAGCAGUCAACGUGCCCGGCCCGCGACGCACCGUCUCCAAACUGCGCAACGAGACCUACCACGUCUUCUCCAACCUCCACCCUGGCACCACCUACCUCUUCUCAGUCCGGGCCCGCACUGGCAAGGGCUUUGGCCAGACAGCACUCACCGAGAUCACCACCAACAUUUCUGCUCCCACCUUCGACUACGGGGACAUGCCAUCGCCGCUGGGCGAGUCGGAGAGCACCAUCACGGUGCUGCUGCGGCCGGCGCAGGGCAGGGGGGCUCCCAUCAGCACUUACCAGGUCAUCGUGGAAGAAGAGCGGCCCAAGAAGCUGAAGCGGGAGCUGGGGGGGCCUGAGUGCUUCCCAGUGCCACUCACCUUCGACGACGCCGUGUCCCGUGGCUCUGUGCACUACUUUGGGGCUGAACUGCCUGCCAGCAGCCUCACUGAAGCCAAACCCUUCACUGUGGGGGAUAACCAGACCUACAGUGGUUACUGGAACCCGCCGCUGGAGCCCAAGAAGGCGUAUCUCAUCUACUUCCAAGCCAUGAGCAACCUCAAAGGGGAAACACGGCUGAACUGUGUCCGGAUCGCCCGCAAAGCUGCCUGCAAAGAGAGCAAACGUCCCCUGGAGGUGUCACAGCACUCGGAGGAGAUGGGCCUGAUCCUGGGGAUCUGUGCUGGAGGGCUCAUUGUCCUGAUCAUCCUCCUGGGAGCCAUCAUCGUCGUCAUUCGGAAAGGGAGGAACUACUAUUCUUAUUCCUAUUACCCCAAACCUGUCAGCAUGACCAAAGCCACCAUUAACUACCGCCAUGAGAAGACCCACAUGAUGAGCGCCAUCGACAGGAGCUUCACUGACCAGAGCACCCUGCAGGAGGACGAGCGCCUGGGGCUCUCCUUCAUGGACACCCACAACUACAGCAACCGGGGUGACCAGCGCAGCAGUGUGGUCAAUGAGUCCAGCAGCCUGCUGGGGGGCUCCCCCCGCCGCCAGUGCGGCCGCAAGGGGUCCCCGUACCACACGGGGCAGCUCCAUCCCGCCGUGCGGGUGGCUGAUCUCCUCCAGCACAUCAACCAGAUGAAGACAGCUGAAGGCUACGGCUUCAAGCAGGAGUACGAGAGCUUCUUUGAAGGCUGGGAUGCUUCCAAGAAGAAGGACAAGACCAAAGGGAGACAGGAUCAUGUAUCGACAUACGACCGUCACCGUGUGAAGCUGCACCCGCUGCUGGGAGACCCCAACUCUGACUACAUCAAUGCCAACUACAUCGAUGGCUACCACAGGUCCAACCACUUCAUAGCCACCCAAGGGCCCAAGCAGGAGAUGGUGUAUGACUUCUGGCGCAUGGUGUGGCAGGAGCACUGCUCCAGCAUCGUGAUGAUCACCAAGCUGGUGGAGGUGGGCCGGGUGAAGUGCUCCAAAUAUUGGCCGGAUGACUCCGAGAUGUAUGGGGACAUCAAGAUCACCCUGGUGAAGUCAGAGACUCUGGCUGAGUACGCCGUCCGCACCUUUGCUCUCGAGAGGCGGGGCUACUCGGCCCGGCACGAGGUGAAGCAGUUCCACUUCACGUCGUGGCCCGAGCACGGCGUCCCGUACCACGCCACGGGGCUGCUGGCCUUCAUCCGCAGGGUCAAGGCCUCCACGCCGCCCGACGCCGGCCCCAUCGUCAUCCACUGCAGUGCUGGCACGGGGAGAACUGGCUGCUACAUUGUCCUGGAUGUUAUGUUGGACAUGGCUGAGUGUGAGGGCGUCGUGGACAUCUACAACUGUGUGAAGACCCUGUGCUCAAGGAGGAUCAACAUGAUACAGACUGAGGAGCAGUAUGUCUUCAUCCACGAUGCCAUUCUGGAAGCCUGUCUGUGUGGGGAGACCAGCAUCCCUGCCAGUGAGUUCAAGCCCACCUACAAGGAGAUGGUGAGGAUCGAGCCGCAGAGCAACUCCUCGCAGCUGCGGGAGGAGUUUCAGACCCUGAACUCGGUGACUCCCCACCUGGAUGUGGAGGAGUGCAGCAUCGCCCUCCUGCCCCGCAACCGGGAGAGGAACCGCAGCAUGGACGUCCUGCCGCCCGACCGAUGCCUCCCCUUCCUCAUCUCCGUGGAUGGAGACAGCAACAACUACAUCAACGCGGCCUUAACUGAUAGCUACACCAGGAGUGCUGCCUUCAUUGUCACCCUGCACCCCCUGCAGAACACAACCACUGACUUCUGGCGGUUGGUGUACGACUACGGCUGCACCUCCAUCGUCAUGCUCAACCAGCUCAACCAGUCCAACUCUGCCUGGCCCUGCCUGCAGUACUGGCCUGAGCCAGGGCUCCAGCAGUACGGCCCCAUGGAGGUGGAGUACGUUUCCGGAGCGGCAGAUGAGGACGUCGUGUCCCGUCUCUUCCGAGUCCAGAACAUCACACGGUUGCAGGAGGGGCACCUGAUGGUCCGGCACUUCCAGUACCUGCGCUGGUCGGCUUAUCGAGACACCCCAGACUCCAAGAAAUCCUUCCUGCACCUCCUGGCCCAAGUGGAGAGAUGGCAGAAGGAGAGUGGUGAUGGCAGGACCGUGGUGCACUGCCUGAAUGGAGGUGGCCGUAGUGGCACCUUCUGUGCCUCCACCAUGAUCCUGGAGAUGCUCAAGUGUCACAACAUGGCAGAUGUUUUCUAUGCUGCAAAGACCCUGCGCAACUACAAGCCAAAUAUGGUAGAGACCUUGGAGCAGUAUCAUUUCUGCUACGACAUAGCACUGGAAUAUCUGGAGUCCCUGGAGACCAGAUAG